AUGAAGGCAUCAAGAAGAAGACAGGAAGAUGGAGUGACCGACCCAGAGAUGAUUGAGGAGCUCGGUGAUUUCUUCGACACAAUCAAAGCCCCUGACGGAAAUUUGAAGCGUGAUGAUUUCAAGCGUGUCUUGAACACCUACGCCGUUCGUGGCUUCCCAUCAGACGUCAUUGACGACGCCUUCAACGAGGCAGACCCAAACAAAACAGGAACAAUCACACGUGACACCUUUGUCUCGAUGAUGUCCGACAAAAUGAAACAAACGUCAAACCAAGCCGGUCUCACCCAGGCAUUCGAGACAUUCGACCCAAAACAAGACAAGACCAUCGAUAAGGCAAAAUUCGUCACGCUCCUCAAGAACAUUGGUAAACCACUGACCCCUGACGAGAUCAACGAAUUCCUCGCUAUCGUCAAGAGCGCCAACAACGACGAAGAAAUUAGAUACGAGCUCUUCAUCCAGGAAGUGUUCGCUAAAAAGUAA